AUGGCUCGUAGGGUCUUUAACAUGCAGCCCAUCGGCCGAUUCUAUGGCGCCAGCACCUCCAUUCGACGUCCUAGGGAAAUUACUUGUUUCUCGUACGAUGAUGAACAUCAAUUUCAUCUGGGAGAGCCGUCCCUGCGGUACUACUACCCGCCCAGUCUUCCCGCAGAUUUAAAUCGCGGCUUUGAUACCUUCCAGAAACUGGAUGAUGCAGCAGAUGAACAUCUAGAUGCCCUUCUUGAGACGAUCAUCGCUCACGAAAAAGAAACGGGGAAGAAGUGUGAGACCGACAUCAUCACCUGGAGAGGCAUGAUGACCAAGAUCUUGACCGCUCCGUUUGAUACGAUGAACGGGUGGGAAAUGAACGCGACUAAUUUUCAGGUGAGUGAAUGA